AUGUCGCAAAUCCAGUAUGAAGCGUCUGGGUCGGAGGUGUCCAAGGUCGAAAGUGACAUCGCUCAAACAGUCAACCUCGCCGAUACAGUUGUCAACCUGAUACGUGAACCUAUUGUUCUGUUGUAUCAGAACAUUUCUAAGAAAAAGGCUCUCCACGCUAGCCUUGGUAUCUGGAAAGACGAGGCACUAGAUGAUGAGGGUCGCUGUCGUAUUCCAGUAAUGCACAAAAAAGGCAUUGAAGACCAUCUUGUCGAGACUAAUGGGAUCGUCGAGUCUGUUUUGAAAAGGGAAGCUUCGCCAGUGCCAAAGGACCGUCAAAUGUUCCGAUUUUCCUGGGCCAAAAAUAACAACUUGAUUCCAAGCAGAAAGUCUCCCACUCUCUCGCCAGGGACGGCUUGCUGGGCCUAUUUCCUACACAGCCUUGGUAUACGACCUGGAAUGAAAGUUGUUGGUUGGAGGCCCGUGACAGGUGGGUAUAUAAACACCCAGAACGGCGGCAUCGAGAUGGAAGUCGACGGAGCAGCACUCUGUCACGUCAUCAAUCUCUAUUCAGUGUUACCAGUGGCUGACAAUUGGGGUCAUCGGCUCAUUAAAAUCCUCCCUGAUCCAGAUGUGCCCAACUCAUGUACAUUCGCCUUUGGAAAAUUGGCUUGGGAUACUGUGGAUGGCCACAUACACGCCCAUUUCACAGCUGGAGUGGAAGAUGAGCUGGGUGCUACAAAACAGCCUUUUGGAGAACAGGGAAGCUUUAUGGAACCUGGCACCGUGAUGGCUUCGUAUCUCUGA